AUGAGGCACCGGCUCAGGUUGCCCAAGGAAGCUGUGGCUACCCCAGGCCUGGAGGUGUUCAAGACCAGUCUGGAGACCGUGAAGGUGGGGAAGACGUUCGAGCUGCUCAACUGCGAUAAGCACAAGGCGCUGCUGCUACGGAACGGCCGGGACCCCGGGGAGGUGCGGCCUGACAUCACCCACCAGAGUCUCCUGAUGCUCAUGGACAGCCCCCUGAAUCGGGCUGGGCUCCUGCAGGUUUAUAUCCAUACCAAGAAGAACGUUCUCAUUGAAGUCAAUCCCCAAACCAGAAUACCAAGAACCUUUGAUCGAUUCUGUGGUCUUAUGGUUCAGCUGCUGCAUAAGCUCAGUGUUAGAGCAGCUGAUGGGCCUCAGAAACUGCUGAAGGUGAUUAAAAACCCAGUCAGUGAGCACCUGCCCGUGGGCUGUGUGAAGAUUGGUACCUCUUUCGCAGCGCCGCAGGUGUCGGAUCUGCGUGAGCUGGUCCCCGCGGCAGAGCCAGUUGUCAUUGUGGUGGGAGCUUUUGCCCACGGGUCGGUCAAUGUUGACUACACAGAAAAGAUGGUCUCCAUCAGCAACUAUCCCCUUUCUGCUGCCCUGACGUGUGCUAAAAUUACUACUGCCUUUGAAGAAGUGUGGGGAGUAGUGUGAGCUCCUGAUGCUACUGGUGUCAUGAUGGACUUGUAUACAGUGACUUCACAUUCUGGAAAGGCUCUUUAACUUGGGUGUGGACCUGGUACAACUUUGGGCUCCUGGAAAACACUUCAACUUUGUCCUUUUGGCUUCUGAAGCAGUGAGACUUUAAACGGACUGCCCCACUGACCCUUUUUCUUCCUAUUAAAGGUACCUUUUUUAAUUAAAAAGUGCUUGUGAAUUUUACUUUCUCACUUUUCAUAUGUGGGCAGGCUGGAUCCCUUUAUAGCAGGGACUUGGCCCAAAUUUGUCACAGAACUGGAAUUCUUAGCUGUGCCCUGCUCACCCUGGUGUCACUUGGUCCUGUAGAAUCGCCUUACUUGGUGGCAU